AUGUCAGAUGCUGGCACGGAUCCCGCUGUUGGAACCGGUGUCUGUCGAUUAUCGGACCAGGGAUCCCACCAAUGCACUUUGAGCUCGCGUCCAUUAGCCGCAUGGAAAGACUAUGCUCCCGUUCGAUCAAAUCGGCGGCGGUCUCAGCGCUCGUCCAAUGCUGCUGCUCCGAAGCCUCCUGCUGUUCGUCUGCCCCCUCUCGUCAUUCAACCCCCAGCUCCGUUACAAACUCGACCUAGGCGUUCGUCUCCGAGCACUUUACGGAAACCGGCCACAGUUGACCACACUCAGCCUCGCAUCCUUCUGCGCAUAAACCUCCGCAAGACUGCCUCCGCUGUCCUCGGUCGUUCCUCUUCCACCUCCUCGCUGGCCUCUCUGGGUACUAAAUCUGUGGAGAAUGAAGGACGCUUGUGCGUGAUUCUAGACUUCUCUUUUUCUCCUUGCACCGAUCUAGUUUGUCUUCGGAAUCCCGACGCGGAACGUCCAAAUGCCGUGGAGGCCUUCGGCGUUCCACCUCAUCCAGACGAGCCAACGAACAAUCUUCCGUCGAGCGUCAUGGCAACCACGAUCACCAUCACCAUCAUCAUCAUAACCACCAACAGGCCCAGCACCACCGCAGUCGCAGCCACCUUGCCUCCU